AUGGGCGGCGCAAGAACGGCGGCGAUCGAGCUCAGGAGAACAACAAACCACUCACGAACACCAUCAACCAGACAAGGAUGGCCAGGAGAUCAACAACAGCAUUCGCAAGCGGAGGAUCAUUCCGGGCCUCAUCAUCACCUUGCCAAGCAUGAACGACUACAACAAGCAGGAGGAACUCCCCCAGCCCAACAAACCCACAGCCCAGCACGAGAAGCUGGACGAGAAAGCCAACCGUCCCUUCGACCCCAACCCAACACCCACCACCGCCCAUCACCCCUUGAUCCACUCUCAUCCAACCAGAAGCCCCCAACCCUCCCCCUUGCCCACCCCCACCCACCAAUCCCACCAUCUCCCUAA